UGCGGACGAUUGUUUGCGAUUAUUCCUAUGAAGCGAACACAGCUGCAUUGUAGCUUCCUUUGUUUGUUUCAGAUACUAGCGGUUGGAAUUUGCAUAAACGAUAUAUGUGUCCUCACUGCAAGAAAAUCUACGCGCCGAGGAGCCUGCUAAGGAAACAUAUGCAGUUUGCUUGUAAAAUGAAUCCGCGCAAUACCACGACAUUCUCCUGUACCUUCUGCCCUUAUAAGAGCAUAUACAAGGCGAACAUGGAGAGACACGUGAGCAAUGUUCACAACACCGGCAGUCUCAAGUUCAGCUGCGAACUCUGCAACUUCCGCACUUUAUCAUGGCACUCGUACUCUUCCCUUCACAAGAAAAUUACAUGCAAUAGCGACAAGGACAUGGCGUUGCAUAAUGAAAAAAAACAUACCGUCAUAGUGCGCAAGCGGAUUUACAUAUGCACUGAUUGCGGCAAGGGUUUCACGUUGAGGAUAAAACUCUUGAAACAUCGGAAGUUGGAAUGUAUAAACCUAUAAGCGAUUUGGCCUUACAAGAGGAUCGAUGGAUACGACAUCAACGAUAUGCAAUAUCAACAACGAGGAAGUACUGUCUA